AUGUGGUUCUUGACAGCUCUGCUCCUUUGGGUUCCAGUUGAUGGGCAAGUGGAUACCACAAAGGCAGUGAUCACUUUGCAGCCUCCAUGGGUCAGCGUGUUCCAAGAGGAAACUGUAACCUUACAGUGUGAGGUGCCCCGUCUGCCUGGGAGCAGCUCCACACAGUGGUUUCUCAAUGGCACAGCCACUCAGACCUCGACUCCCAGCUACAGAAUCACCUCUGCCAGUGUCAAGGACAGUGGUGAAUACAGGUGCCAGAGAGGUCCCUCAGGGCGAAGUGACCCCAUACAGCUGGAAAUCCACAGAGACUGGCUACUACUGCAGGUAUCCAGCAGAGUCUUCACAGAAGGAGAACCUCUGGCCUUGAGGUGUCAUGCAUGGAAGGAUAAGCUGGUGUACAAUGUGCUUUACUAUCAAAAUGGCAAAGCCUUUAAGUUUUUCUACCGGAAUUCUCAACUCACCAUUCUGAAAACCAACAUAAGUCACAACGGCGCCUACCACUGCUCAGGCAUGGGAAAGCAUCGCUACACAUCAGCAGGAGUAUCUGUCACUGUGAAAGAGCUAUUUCCAGCUCCAGUGCUGAAUGCAUCCGUGACAUCCCCGCUCCUGGAGGGGAAUCUGGUCACCCUGAGCUGUGAAACAAAGUUGCUUCUGCAGAGGCCUGGUUUGCAGCUUUACUUCUCCUUCUACAUGGGCAGCAAGACCCUGCGAGGCAGGAACACGUCCUCUGAAUACCAAAUACUAACUGCUAGAAGAGAAGACUCUGGGUUUUACUGGUGCGAGGCCACCACAGAAGACGGAAAUGUCCUUAAGCGCAGCCCUGAGUUGGAGCUUCAAGUGCUUGGCCUCCAGUUACCAACUCCUGUCUGGCUUCAUGUCCUUUUCUAUCUGGUAGUGGGAAUAAUGUUUUUAGUGAACACUGUUCUCUGGGUGACAAUACGUAAAGAACUGAAAAGAAAGAAAAAGUGGAAUUUAGAAAUCUCUUUGGAUUCUGCUCAUGAGAAGAAGGUAACUUCCAGCCUUCAAGAAGACAGACAUUUAGAAGAAGAGCUGAAGAGUCAGGAACAAGAAUAA